AUGAAGAAUCGUCUUGGUCUGUCACUUAUUGUCUGUAUUGUGGUGGUUAUUGCUUUGCUGCUCAGCGACAAUGCUGUGCAAGCACGACCGAGAGAUUAUUAUAAAAAUGGCUUAAACACAAGACAAUUUUCCCCGACACCAUGUGAUCCCCAAGGAAUCGGAGCUGAAGAAUGCGACAACGGAGAAACUUGUGGAGCUAACGAUGACUGCUCCAGCGGAAAAUGUAAAAAGAAGGUCUGCGUUCCCAAAAAACACAAUCAACGUAGCUUAUUUAGAGUCCCACAGUUAUGA